CUCUCUUUUUUCACUUCAAAACUUGAACCCAACUUAAAAUUGCAUUUCAGCUGUGGCACUACACAAACCACCUUUCAUCGAUAUGAUUCCCGCCCGCCAGAUAUUGACACCAGAGGAUCUGGACCAGUUCCUCGAGUCGCCGGCUUGCAACGAAAUUGUGGGGUUUUUGAAUGCCCUGAAUGAAUCGGUAAUUGGCGUGAAGACGACUGACACGAUUGAAGAAAGCGCAAUCAUUCAGCAACUAAUGCAGCUUUUGGAAAGUAUAAAGCAGACCAACACCGACGUAAAACCCUUUGAGACGAACAGCCGCUUUGGAAACCCGGCCUUCCGCAACUUUUACGACAAGUGCGAGGAGAUGCUGCCCGUCUGGCUGGCCAAGUUUGUUCCCGCCGAGCAUGUUGAAGAAGUGUCCAAGUACGCGCAAGACAGCUUUGGAAAUCGCCGUCGCAUUGACUACGGCACUGGCCACGAGCUUAACUUUCUGAUAUUUUGCUCUCUGGCGCUGGUAACGGCCGAUGACUUCAAGGCGCUAGUGAUCCAUGUCUUUUUCAAGUAUGUUGAGGUCAUGCGCAGCCUUCAAAUGAGCUACUGGCUCGAGCCUGCGGGCUCGCAUGGUGUCUGGGGACUUGACGACUACCAGUUCUUGCCCUUCCUGUUUGGAGCCGGUCAGCUACGUACGCACAAGCACUUGCGGCCAAAAUCGAUCCAAACCCCGAGCAUCAAGACCGGGUCCAUCAGGUGGCACUCGCCUAUGCUUGACGAUAUCAGCAGUGCAAAGUCCUGGGAAAAAGUCAAUCUCGGCAUGGUAAAGAUGUUCCGCGCUGAGGUCAUUGGAAAGUUGCCCAUCAUGCAGCACUUUAUGUUCGGGUCUCUGGUGUCGUUCAGCGGCGGCAACAUUUCGGGCGUCGCUGCACACGGGGCCGAGGACUGCGAUCAUGGCUGUGGCGGACACACGCCGGUCUACGCAUUUGGCCAGGAGUUCCCCGACUGCUGCGGUAUCAAGGUGCCCUCGGCCAUUGCUGCCUCGCAGGCGGGCAAUGAUACAUUGCUUAUUUGCGCAGUGUCUUACCUUUUAGCACUGCUACUGAGUGAGCUCGACGAGGAGGCCUUUUUCUUUUGCUUUGUAGAAGCAGAAGAUAUGGUAGGCUUGCUCGCCGGCAAAGACACUAGCGCAUUCAUGGAUGCAGAUGCGGCAGCAGUAGUAGAAGUAGAAGUGGGUGCGGACGCAUUGCUUUCUUCGCCAGACGCCAAAUUCACUGCGGUCUCGGUAUUGGUCUGCACAGCGGAUGAAGAGCUACCGCCUGCUUGAUCAGCCGACGUGGCAUUUGAAGUUGUGUCACCACAGCCGCAGGAGGUGGAGAAGACAUUGAGGCAAAUGCACGUCUGCAAAUAAUGUGCGGUUCAAAUGGAAGGGUGUCUCACAGAGCAAGGAUAAAGUGAAAUAAUACAAAAAGCGCAAAGCCAAAGUAAAGUCGUAAGAGCUUAUACAAAUAAAGAUAAUAAUAGGUGCUAAUUGGUGUACAAGAAGUGAAAAGAAGG